AUGUCGACAUUUUUGUGGCUGAUAACUGUUUUGUUGGCGGUUGGUGUAUAUCGUGUGUUGCAGAUAGGCAAACGUGACCCACGCAUGCCCAAAGGACCACCAACAAUACCCAUCCUUGGGAAUGCACACUUAGUACCACCUGAGGGGCUUUUCAAGCAAUUCAGAUCAUGGGCGAAGGAGUACGGACCUGUCUUCUCGCUCAAGUUCGGACCAUCGAACAUGAUCGUCCUAUGUGAUCGUAAAGCCAUUCAUGCGCUUCUUGAUAAAAAAAGCAACAUUUACUCUGACCGGCCGCAUACAUAUGUAGGCCAGCUACUGACCAAAGGAGACAUGAUCGCUCUUGAGCAGAUGGACGACCACUGGCGACUGAAGCGCAAGGUGGUAGCUCACAACUUUUCACCGAAACAGCUGGACGAGAAGCACUUUAAAGUCCAAGAGGCUGAAGCAACGAUGCUGAUGGCUGACCUUCUUAAUGAUCCCAAAGGCUUCUACAAUCACAUUCGCCGAUAUACAGCAUCAGUCGCUUCGGUUCUCAUCUUCGGCUCUCGAGGAGCAACAUUUGACUCCUUUUGGGCUCAUGGUGUAUACGACGUCAUGUCAAAGUGGACUGAGGCAAUGGAGCCUGGUGCAAAUCCGCCGGUGGAUGAAUACCCCCUCCUGCAAUGGGUACCACUGUGGUUGGCACCAUGGAAGCGGCGAGCAAUCCUUGCUGGGCAAACUAUGGACAAGGUCUGGGGAGAAGCAGUCAACAGAGUCCAAAAAAGACGCACGCACGGCUUGCGCAGAGACUGUAUCACUGAUACUCUACUUGAUGAGUGGAAAGAUGGUAUGCCUAUAAGCCAGCACUCUUUCAACAAUCUUGUCGGUGAACUUGUCGAAGGCGCUGCAGACACCACAGCAGCUCAACUUCUUACACUUGUCAUGGCAUUUGCCAAAAACCCACGUGUGCAAAAGCGUGCUCAAGAAGAGAUCGACAAGGUUUGUGGAACCGAAAGAUUCCCUCUGUGGUCGGAUUUCAAGGAUAUACCCUAUAUCAACGCGAUCGUUAAGGAGGGCAUGCGAUGGAGGCCUGUCGCUGUGACGGGCUCACCACAUCGAGUGCGCGAAGAUGAUUACUACCAAGGGAUGCUGAUUCCUAAAGACUCGACCAUCAUCGUUCCUGUUUGGGCGUUACACCAUGGCGAUGAAUUUGACGACGAGAAUGAAUUUAGACCCGAGAGAUAUGUGGGACACAGCAAACUAGCCAAUGACUAUGCUGGCAGUCCUGAUUGGGCGAAUCGUGAUCAUUAUGGUUAUGGCGCAGGAAGGAGAAUAUGCCCAGGCAUGCACUUUGCUGAGAGAAAUAUGUGGCGCGUCACAGCAAAAUUGCUCUGGGCUUUCGAAUUCGCGGAACCUCUCGACCCUAAAACGGGAAAGGUUAUCAGCCUGGACCCAGAUGCAUAUAAUCGUGGUAUCCUACAGGCUCCCCUACCAUACAACGUCCAAGUGACUCCACGGAGCCCUCAACAUGUACAGACUAUAAAGCGAGAGAUUGCUGCGGCUAAAGAGUUUUUGAAACCAUGGGAAGAGCUCAAAGAUUGAUGGCCAUGCAUGGUAAAGGGAC